UAGUUGUGAUUGAGAUUUCUUGAUAUGCUCAAGCAAUUCAGUCAUGGAAAGACUCGAGUUCGAGUUGCAAAGAAAAAGGUCUCGAGACCAUCGGCUACAUACACGAAGCUGUUCCAAGAGUUUAUGAUAGAAGUAUCGCUUGAAGGUGGUACUGAAGAUUCCUUUCUACGUGGAGACAACACUCAAGUAGUGGCAACCGAUACCUGUAAAAAUAUAGUUUAUUGGGUGGCAAAACAGCAUUCUUGUGAAACAGCAGAAAAUCUUGCUUUAGAGAUUGGUUGCUUUUUUUUGAAACAAUAUACGUUUCUUCAAUCUGUAAACGUUCGUAUUGAACGAGUGCCUUGGACAAGAGCUAUCGUGGAAGGAAAGAGUCAUUCGCACGGCUUUGUAAGACAGGAAGAUGAGUGUUCCUUUUCCAAUGUAUUUUGCAGCAGAGAGGUGGUUGGUAAAAGAGUUAAAGAUGUUCACGAUAAGGAUCUUAAGGACGAGAAUCUCUAUCGGUUUACUCUUGUAUCAGGAAUUGAUAAAUGGAAGUUACUGAAAACAACGCGCAGUGGUUGGGAAGGUUUUAUUAGAGAUCAAUUUACCACAUUGCCUGAAACAAAUGAAAGAAUGUUGGCAACGGAAUGUCGUAUUUCGUGGACAUAUGCCAAUGUAUUCCGAAAGGACUUGGAAAGGUUGAACUUUUCAGCUAUCCUUUCACAAGUGAAAGAAACGGUGAAAGAGACAUUCUUUGGAGAUAGCUUACGUGGCAUCUACAGCCCAGGUGUUCAAAAGACUUUGUUCGAAAUUGCCAAGCAUGUCCUUUAUAAAAUCCCAGAAAUUGAUCAAGUAUCUUUGAGCAUGCCAAAUAUUCACUAUCUGCCAGCCAAUUUGGAAGUUUUCUCAAACCAUGGAAUUGCGUUUGAAAAUGAUAUUUAUAUCCCUACAGAUGAGCCACAUGGAAUAAUUCACGCAACUGUAACGAGAAUUGCUCUUUCCAAGCUGUAAAAUGAUUCAUUUGAGAAUAUAUGGUGUUGACUCUGU